AAGCACGUUUAUUUUACGCAGAAGCUGCUCUGCCUCCCUUGUAAAUACGAAUGACACAGACGCGUCGCUGACAAUAUUAAUGACAUCGCACGAUCAAUAAGGAACGUCGAAUUAGUAUUUCAGGCUGACGGGACCACAUUGAUGUCAUUCCUCGUACCAACCAGAGUCCUGCCAGCCCAGAGAGGAAGACUUGCCUUGUUCCAGACAGGUAGCUUGUGGCCAAUGCCACAGGUUGUACCUGCCCAGGGAAUUGGACCGUCAGCCGGCCUGAAGAACCUUCAAGUUGACCCCAACAGACAUCAGUUGGCUUGUAGAGCGAGUUGCAAUGGAAGCACCUGCAGUGACUGUGGUCAUGUCAGAGUUAAAUGAAGAGCUGGUUGAUUUAGUGUGGGGGAGACCACCCAGCGGGGGAGUUUCAGAUUCCAUCUUCCGCAGAUGGACACAAGGGUUUGUGUUCAGUGAGAAUGAACGCACAGCACUGGAGCAGUUUGAAGGAGGUCCAUGUGCUGUAAUUGUACCUGUACAGGCUUUCCUCUUGAAAACCCUCCUCUUUAACCGAGAGACGUUAAACUGGCGGCACAUGCCAGAGGAGGAGCAGAAAACAUUCCUGUGUUCCACACUGAGUGAGAUUCUGGAAUCGGCCUGCUCUAGCGCCUCCACGGGGUUCUGCCUGGUGACAUGGGCCAAGGGACAGAGCCUGGAUACCCACUCGAAAAUAAAUGCAGAGCCACAGUCGCAAAGAGAAGACACGCAAACAGAAGACACCCCAGAGCCGGACAGCAGCCAACCACCUGAGGAGCAGCAGCAACCCACUGCUUUGGCUGCUGAGGACCUUGGCUUUGAGCGGUUUCACAGUGUUCUUCACAAACAAGCUGUUAUGUCGGUGUCUGAUCUGAAAGAGGAGGUGCUUUCUCUCUACCAGACCUGGAAGGGUUGCUGCGGAGUCUUGCUUUUCCUCUACUCUGUCAUCCUCACAAAGGGCAUUGACAACAUUAAAAAUGAGAUCCAAGACACGAUGGAACCCCUCAUAGAUCCAGUGCACGGCCAUGGAAGUCAGAGCCUGGUGAACCUCCUUGUAACUGGCCAUGCUGUCUCUAAUGUCUGGGAUGGAGAACGGGAGUGUUCUGGCAUGAAGCUACAUGGUAUUCAUAAACAGGCAUCAGUUGGCUUCCUCACACUCAUGGAGUCACUCCGCUAUUGCAAGGUGGGAGCAUUCCUGAAGUCACCCCAGUUCCCUAUUUGGAUCCUUGGCAGUGAAACUCACCUCUCUGUGUUUUUCACAAAGGAGAUGUCCCUGGUCGGUGAAGAGUGUCCAUCAGAGCAGGCAAGGAGAGUUUUCCAGUCAUUUGAUCUCGAAGACAACGGCUUCAUCCCAGACUCUCUGCUAGAGGAAGUGAUGAAAGCCCUUGGCCUUGUCUCAGAGCCAGAAUAUGUCCGUCUGGUCAAGCGCAAACUGGAUCCAGAGGGCUUGGGCAUAAUUCUUCUGGGCCCAUUCCUCUUGGAAUUCUUUCCUAAUCAGGAUUCAGGAAUCCCGGAAUCAUUUCCCGUCUACCACUACAACGGACUUAAACAGUCCAACCACAACGAGAGGGUGGAGUAUGUGGAAGGGACCGCUUUGGUGCUAGGGUUUGAAGACCCAAUGGUUCGAACCGAUGACACUCCAGUCAAGCGCUGCCUGCAGACCAAGUGGCCAUACAUUGAGCUGCUGUGGACCACCGAGCGCUCACCGUCACUCAACUAGUCUUAUUUAAGCAACUUACGGACCACUACUGCCUCCAUCUCACACACACACACACACACAUACACACACGCAAUCACCACUUUAGGGAGCUUACACAGACCGGGACGACAUCUACACACAUAAACACAACACUGAUGAAUGAGAACUUGACAAAUGCACACAAGAGGCUGUAAGAAACAACAACGUACAUGCCUGAGAUUCAUCCUUUCAGACUCACCUUUUAAAUUAUGCGAUUGUCUGAUCAGCACGGCUUGCCAUUUCCUACACAGUAUGUUUAUGAUAAUGUUGACAUUUUACAAAGAAAUGCGGUGUGUCACACAAUCACAUGCCGGAGAGCAUGUAGAGCCGGCAUCACAAAUGUACGACUGUCCGAAGGACGGGGGGGCGGGGAGGGGAACGACCAAAGCCUUCCACUUGAGAACACACUCUUUCACUCACUCACUGCUAAAAGUUUACAAUGUUAGGACCAACACAGGCACAGAAUGUGGAGGAUAAGAAUGCAGACUGAUUUCGGUACCUCAUUAGGAAGUUGGCCGGGCGAUCAUGUAUUUAUUAACACGCUGGAAUAAACAAGUUUUUUUGACAUCCUUCCCCCCUAUUGUUUAAAUGUGGUGUCCUCCUGGGGCCAGCAUCAAGAAACGUCCAGGUCCAUCUGCAUCUCUUCAACACUAACACGUUUGCUUUCUGCAGAGCCUCUUGAGGUAAUAGAUCACUACAUUUCCAGGAUGGUGAGUUCACUGUCUGAUAAAAAUGGUGCGAGAUGAUGUGUUCCCACUUAUUGCCCUUAAUGGAAUAUACAGUAUGUCUGUAUAGUAGAGGUAUGUGAAUGUUUUACACUGAGGGCAGCAUACUGAAAAAUGAAUACUACCACUUCACCUGUCGUAUGCUAAAACUAAUCAAUUGUAGGUCAGCAUAUGCAAAGCUGUUACGUCUAUUAGUGUGUGACAUUCAGCUGAUAUGCCAAAAUGCUGUACUUGUUACCUUUUUAUCCUUUUCAAUGUGGCCCUUAUCCUCUUUGAAUGUUGUGUUGCGGGUUGUGUUUCUUUUAGAAUAAUCAGCAGUCUGCAGGCCACAAAUGGCCCCUGUGCCAACAUUUGUCUUCUACAACUACGGUACUUUUUCCAGUGUCGCAAUUAAAUUAUUAUGUAACUGAUAGAAAAAUAAUAUAAAUAAUUGUAUCUGUAAGACAUGGCCCAUAUUCUCAUAUUGAUCUAGUAAAUACCGCAUUGCUAAUCUAACAGUCAGCGGUGUGGGACCCGUGUGUCCUGCAAACAAUACAAUCUUAUUACCGUAAUUUUCCCGACUGCUGAGCGCACCUGAAUAUAAGCCACCCCCACUAAAUUUAAAGAACAAAAGAUUUGUACAUAUAUAUGCCACACCUGUCUAUAAACCGCAAGUACAUUGCAAUGUGGUAUAUUUAGUACACAGAAAGAUGUUACACUGAAGGAUUUUUUUUACUUAAAUAAAGGUGUGCGUGCACAUAAGGAUUUUUUUUUUUUUACUUAAUUGUAUAAAUGCUUUUUUCCAAAGAGUGUGUAAUACCGCUAGUUAAAAAGUAGCCCACCAGAAGUCGCUGUCGUCGUUAUUGUCAUUCUCCUUCCCCACUAAAACAACUAAAGUUGUCUUCGUCGAACCAAACAGCCCCAAAAUUCCCUCGCCACACACCCCGCCAGUCUUUCUCCCUCCUUUGUUGUCGAGCCCAGCAGCGCCGGCAUUUUUCAGCCUGCUGUUCUGUAUAAACGCCACCAACACGGAAUAAAGUCGACCUAGCAAUGUUCCAACUUCUAAGGUAUUCAAGAUUCAAGAGUUUUAUUGUCGUAUGCACAGUAAAACUGGUGGUUCUGCUAUGCAAUGAAAUUCUUGUUCUGUUCAUUCUCCCAGAAAAAGAAAAACACAAGAAAAACAAUAAGAACAUAAGAAACAUCAAUACCAAUAAAUUAAGCAACAACAACAGAAGAGACAUUAAUACAAAUCAAUAAAUAAAUAAUAAAGUGCUAUGCGUGUGUUGCGUGCGGCGUGCGUGAGUGCUUCAUUGAGAAGCCUGAUGGCUUGUGUGUAAAAGCUGUUGACAGCCUUGUGGUCCUGGACUUCAAACUUCAAACUGUUGCGAGACCAGGUGAGGUCCUCGCUUAUGUGUAUGCCAAGGAACUUGAAGGUUUUCACCCUCUCCACCUCAGUCUCAUCAAUAAACAGGGGUCUAUACGGCUCCUUUUCCCUUGUUCUUGGGUCAAUGAUGAUCUCUAGUCUUAUCUGUAUUGAGAAGGAGAUUGUUAUCAUGACACCAAGCUAUGAGGUCCGCGUUUCAACACCACCAGUGAUCAGGCCGAUGACUGUAGUGUCAUCCGCAAAUUUAAUGAUGCUGGUGUUGUUGUGGGAGACCACGCAAUCAUAGGUGAAGACCGUGUAGAGGAGUGGACUCAGCACACACCCCUGUGGGCUCCCAGUGCUCACAGUUCUUGAGCUGGAUGUGUGAUUGUGGACUGACUGACUGGGGCCUGCCUGUUAGAAAGUUAAACACCCAGUUACAGAGGGAGGGUGACAGGCCAAGUGUGAGGAGCCUGUGAGUUUGUGGGGGCUGACUGUUUUAAAUGCAGAGCUGUAAUCGAUAAAUAACAUUCUGACAUAUGUGUCCUGGCCCUGUAGGUGAGAAAGGGCUGUGUGGAUGGCAGUGUUGACUGGGACAGAGCCUGUGUGGAAGAGUAUUCCACAAUAUACCACCUGAGACUUCGGUAUAUCUGCAAUUGUCACUGCCCAAGUAUGUUAUAGCUGCAUAUAGACACAGGGAUCUUGCAAAAUAGUUGCAUCAGGCCCUUAACAAUGGAUCUGGCAUUUAUUCACAAAUUCAUGUUUGUAACAAAAGCUAAUUUAAUAAAAAGGAGAAAAAAAAGGAUCGGUUCGGAUUGGCAAGAUUAUAAAAAAAAAAAUGUGGAUCAGGACAUCCCUACAUUUUUACACAGAAGUCAUCCAAGCAGGUAAUGCUGCAGCUGCAGUUUCGCACAGCAACACUGCAUCCCGCAAUCAAACAGAUGCAAGACAAUAAGUUUGCUGUGACAGGCGACCUCCAGAGAUGGAAAACUGCCUUUACACCCCCAUUCCAUGUCAGUGUUGUUGAUAUUGAACAGUGAUACAGACAAAACCGUAACAGGUGAGACACCACCUGUGUGUAAGGGUAUUCAUCAAUCCCAAGACAGGUAGCGCCCUUCCCUGUUGUUGUGUUGUAAGCAAAUGUUGGUGUCUGACAAGUAUUUUAUGCGUCAAACCCCACGCUGGCACUGAUGGCGGAUGUGUGACUGUGUGAAAGGACACACUGUAUUGCAGGAUUCUGUAUGAAAGGCUAAGGCUGCAUCUAAUGUUGCAGCUCUUUGCAGGAUCUCUGUUGAAAGAUGUGACCUUCUGCAGAACUUGCCUCUGCUCACUAGAUUUACAUAAAAACCAAUGACAGAGCAGACCUUGUGAAUGCAUACUUCUUGCACGAUAGCUACUGGAGGACAAGGUGAACCGAGCAAUGAAAGGAUGAGGGAAAGGGCCAUGUGAGCAGGUAGGUGCUAGAAGCUUCCAUCUGACAGCUUUAGGUUUCUUUCUCGCUUAAUUGUAUUGUGCAGUCACGGAUGAGGAAGAGCCUCAGAAAAGAAAUAUUUCUUCAAUGAACUGUAUAAACUUAUUUUCUGUAGGAUUCCAAUUGUCUCUAACCUUUUUUCAAGUUAAAAAAAAACACUGAAUUUGUAGAUUUCCUGAUUAAAUACAUGGCAGAAACCUAAGUGCGGCUGCCACGUGUGUCUCUUCUCAGCUUAGUGCGCAAGCCUUGCCUACCAUCUGAGUGCACUGAGUUGGAUCAUGGCUCUUGCCAGUUUCUGUCAGCAUGUUGGCAGUAAUAUUAUGUUACAGAAACAUUUACUAUAUGUACACCAUGACUUUAUACAGUCUGUGUAAUGGCUUUAAUGUAAGUGACAUUCUUGAUAAUCAGACAAUAAAAUACACAAAUAUGGGAGGCACAUGGAGUACCUGAAGGGGUCAGGGUGUGCAUGAGCCGGAAGGUGCUUGUCAUUGUCAUCCUUCCAUAGAAAAAGACGUCUGCUUUUUUGACAGCAGCACUUAGCGGUUUAGCAGUUAGUCAAAUGCAAGGUAUUUUUAUGCUCCGCUGAAUGAAUGAAUUUGACUGCCAAGAUAGAAGUUAAACAAAGUAUCAGAGUUCUUCCUGGAUAUGGGCAGGGUGCAUGAACAUCGCACCGUCACUUAUUGCGUUUUUUUCAAAAUUAAUACAUGAUUGCUGUUUUGUGGGUGAUUCCGGCCUAUUAUUAGUCAAAAAUAUGCAUAUUUAAGCAAAUUUUAAGUAUCCUUGGACUAAAUUAAGGUUUUACAAGCAUAAAAAUGGCUAAAUUAAGUAAAAUACAAAUACACUAAGUCCCCAACUAACGAACACAAUUGGUUCCAGACGACCGUUCUUAUGUCGAAUUGUUCUUUAGGGGAAAAGGUAAUAUUACCAAUGAUAUAGGUACUACAUGUAGGUGUAUACAUAUACAGUAUAUGUGUAUGUAUGUAAAUAUGAGUUUGGAUGUAGUAGUAAUAUUAAAUGAGGAUAAUUAAUGAAAAAAACAAUAAUAAAAAUGAUAUAAUAAUACAUAAUGAUAAAUGUUAUUUACCUUUGAAGAGGAGUGGUCGAGCAUACGUCGUUGUGGUGGAGUUGGAGGAGGAGUUAUUGAAAAAAAGGACAAAUUGUCAUUGUUAGACUCUUCUAAAAGAGGUAGUGUUCUGUGGGUGGUGUAGAGUUAAGCAGGCCUAGCAACUUAAUAAACUUUAAUCACACUCUCUGUCCGGGUUGUAUCAUACAGCUAACAAUGUAGCUUUCUCUCUACCGCUGUUCUACCGCUGUUGGUCCCAUUAGGAGUGUCACAGUGCUCUCUGCUGGUCAACCAUGUAACAGUAUAAAUAUGGGCUGGCUGGUCAAGCUUAUAGCAGUAUAAAUAUGGACUUAAUAAGGCAAAACACAUGAAAAUAUAGACUAGUCGGCUUUGUUCGUAUCUCCGAAAGUUCGCACGUCGGAUGUUCGUUAGUAGGGGACUGAGUGUAUAAGGCAUUCAGUAAAUGCGUUGAACAUGUUGUAAUGCGUAGUGUUCUACACUGGUCAGUAGGUGUCAGUAAUGUUACAUUAUGUUGCAAUGAUGAGAUGCUAGCCACUGCAAAAACUAAAACUAAAACGGAAGUACAAAAGUAACAAGGAACUUUCCCAAUGCUAUCAUGUGUGAGUGUAUCAUUUGUCUUAUUUUCUAUUAUGUCUACUGGGUAAUAUAGUCUAAUAUAAUAAUAUAAAUAUUGUCUAAAAGUGACAAUAGAGGGCUUUAAUAAUAUUAAAAACCAUAUCUAGACAGUCGAAAAUUGUUUUUGUGCGCUCAAACUAUGAAAAGUGCGCCUGCCCUAUAGGAUCUUUGACUCCUGUUAUUGCAGUAAGUCUUGAAAAACAGCAGAGUAGUCCUAAAGAUGAUCUUUGACUAGUAUAAAAUGCCUUUGUUUUAAUUAAUGACUUUAUUAGCUAUUUGGUCAAGUGAAAAUUGGAAGAUACAGAUCCUUGCAAUGACAUUUUAUAAAAUAAAAAGUCUUUGUGCUUAGUUUUCUGAAAAUUUGGCCCCCAGAACAAUUAAAUUGAAUAAAGCCCUGACAUAAACGGUUAUCUAUCUGUGUUAGCGCAACGUGCACGUCAAAGGGUACAAAAUAAAAUGUGUGUAUUGUAAAGUCCCCCUUGGAUUAUUCAUUGUUUAAGAGGAUAGAUUAAUUCCAUGCGGAAAAUGCACCUUAAAAGGAGCGAUGACGCACAGUUGCGCGCUCAGAUGUGGUUUUUUCCUUUGUAAU